AUGGCGUCGAUGUGGAUGUCCGAUUCCCAAAAAAUUGGUGUGAUUUUCUGCUCUGGAGGAGGUUUCUUCCUCAUUGGAGGAGUUAUGCUCUUCUUCGACCGAGCCAUGCUAGCAAUGGGAAACAUCCUCUUUCUCAUAGGCCUGACAAUAAUCAUCGGACCUCAAAAGACUCUCCUCUUCUUUGCACGGAAACAGAAGGCUAAGGGAACAGCGGCUUUCUUUGGCGGCCUGGCCCUGAUUUUAUUGAGGUGGCCCCUCAUCGGUUUCUGUGUAGAGCUCUACGGAAUCAUGGUCUUGUUUGGCGACUUUCUUGGCACCAUCGCAGCAUUCGCACGGAAUAUUCCUGUUAUCGGGCCGUAUAUUGGAGCGGCGGUCGACCGAUCCGGAGUUGGUCGACGGAACGCCGAGUUGCCUGUCUAA